CGGAUGUUGCCUCCCCCUUUUUAUUGACAUUUCGCUUAAUUCUAGCUUGAGGGCUGCAGGCGUGUACGGGGUCAUUUGAUAUUUAAAAGGUUGACAUAUACCACCACGACUUUUGAACGGAUUGUUUAAUGCCGUGUUUAAAGGAGAGACAUCUGAAUCGGACGGCCGGCUGAAUUAUUGUGGAAAUAUCAACAUCUUUCUUGUUUUGGCUUCCUGACGUUUUUGCUUCCUUUGUCAGCCUGACUUCCGUUUUCAUGUGCAAUCAACAGUGGAAAAAUAACUUGCUGGGAAAAACCUACCUGGCUGUCAAAUGAUUUAGGCUCUACUAAGGCGUGAACAAAGUACGAUUUACAUAGGUAUUUUGGUGUGCCUCGAAGCACAUCUAUUUCAAACAGUUAACUGUUUUUAAAGGAUACCAUCGAAGGUGCACUGAGGCCAGAGAACCGACUUUUUAGCUAGCAACGGCUAGCUAAAUUAGCUUUUUGAAGUAACAUGUUUCGGUAUUUAAAUGACGUGGAUGACAGCCCUUACAUGAUGGAUCCGUUCGCUGCCCACCGGCAGCAGAUGAGAAGUCUGUUUGGUUCGUUUGGUUUUGAACCUUUCCCCCUCAGUCCCCAGAUUCAGCCACCACGUGCACCUCAUUUACAGGCUGGUGCCCUGGCCCCUUAUGGAAUGAUGGGAAUGGGUGGAGGGUUCAUGGACAUGUUUGGGAUGAUGGGAGGAAUGAUGGAGAACAUGCAGGAGAGGAUGUCCGGCUCCCCGAGCUGUCAGACGUACUCUUCCUCCACGGUGAUCUCCUACUCCUCCUCGGACUGCGGCGCUCCCAAAGUCUACCAGCAGACCAGUGAACUGAGGACCGCGCCUGGCGGGAUCCGCGAGACACGCCAGUCGAUGCGUGACAGCGAGAGCGGCCUGGAGCGACUGGCCAUCGGUCACCACAUCUGGGACCGCGGCCACGUGAUGGAGCGCUCCCGAAACCGGCGCACUGGAGACCGCGAGGAACGCGAAGACUACAUCAACCUGGAGGAGAGCGAGGCCGCAGCCUUCAACGAGGAGUGGAGGAGGGAGGCGGGGCGGUACCCUCCCCCCAGCGCGCGAGGGCUGGACUACGGCCGAGACCGGAGGUCAGGAGGUCAACAGCUAGCUCUCACCGCCCCUCCCAGCUCCUCGCCUCCGACCACACCCCGCCACGACUCCCCCCGACACCCCCCGCCCCCGACCCGCCCCCGUUACGACUGGUGAGAGGGGUCAAGGCUGAGGAGGCAAGCCAAGCUGAAGGAGGAGAGGAGAUCUACCUGAUGCUGUGAAUGAGGAUGAAUAGGGAAGUGGGUCAUCUCGACUGACCAUCAGAGAUGUCUGAUAGGAUGAUUGGACUGUCUAUAUAUAUAAACUAUACAUUUUACAAAUACACACAAACACAUGUCAGAACCCAGCACAUUCCGUAGUUGCAUUUCUGGUUCAACUUCUCUGCUGUUACCAUAAACACACACACACACGCACACACGUACAGGAGUGCAUACUCACACAUGACAUACACACACACUCUCACUUUGUAAAUAGAAACACAUUAUCAAACUUUCCAUGCGUUUUUUGCCCACCGCACUACAUAAGUAAACGUACAUGGCCACACUUCAGUGCAUACAUUUGCUGUACAGUCCAUAUAUGUUUGUGUAGACACUAGUGUCUGUGGAUUGAAUUGUAUACUGUUGACUAAUUAAACUAAUUGAUUGAAAAACCAUUAAACAUUGUUAGAUAAUUGCA